AUGAUACAAAUAAACAUUUCCGUUGUUGGCAGCAGCAAUAACGAAGACCUCAGUAGCUACAGUGCUGAAGAUUUAUCUGAUCCCAGUUCAAGCGUGGUAUCUUCAGAGGUGCCAGGACAAGGCGAUGUCUUGCAAGAACAUGGGGAACAAAGUGGCUCCAGCUCCUUAACUCGGGCUGCAGAAGCGAGUGGGAAAGAUGUGCCCAGCCCAGGGCCUGUAGCAGCCCAGGAACCCACAGCAGAUCUCACGAGCAGCAAAGACAAGUUACCAACCUCAGACUGCAACGGAACGGUCCCAUCACCAGACCCAGAGCAUGACAAAGCAGAAGGAGCAGCACAUACUAUAUCCAUGGACAGCAGCCCAAAAUGUGACAUUCCUGCUGCUGCUUCUAUGAAAAAUAGGGAGAGCGAUCCCAGAAACACCAGCUUGGAAGCCAGCCCUCCUGCAGCAAUUACGGAAACGCAAGGAGCUGCACAAAUGACUUUGAGUGAAUUAGAGGCUUUCUGGCAGGGCGAACAGCAGGACGGCACGAGGGAGCCACACGUCAUCACGUUUCCCCAGGGAGAAGAGGCAGAUGAUUUUACCGCUCAGGAGGCCAGGCGGGAGCUGGGAGUUUGGGAAGUAGGUCACCCCCAGCGCGAGAGGCAGCUAGGUAGACGGGACACAGAUGGCAGAGAGGCAGCGCUAAUGAAAAAGGAAACCUUAAUCCUCAACGAUCUGGCAACAGGAGGCUCAGAGGGUGAAAAAUGUGGAGCAAUUGUGGGCACUCAGAGUUUUGUUGAGAGAUCCGAGAGCGGUGAAGGCUCUAAUCUACAGAUGGGUGCUGUAACUGCGGCUAAAGAGAGUAAGGCAAACCCAGUUCUAUUUGGAAACACGGGAGAGCAAUCAGAAGCCUGGGCUUUAGUGUCAGAGUUGCCUUUUAACUCUCCAAAUCUCUUCCUGACACCAAAGCCAGAAGAACCUUCGAGGGAAUACACGCCUGGAAAUGACUAUCAAGAUCCAAUGAUAAGGGAAUCUGUGAAAACAGCCUCUGAAAAAAUACAACCUACUUUUCAAAAAGAACUUCAAAAGGAAGAUGAGCUUGUUAGCGCCGAGCAUUUCAGUCUGCCUGUAUUAUUUAAGCAGCAAGAGCAAAAAUCAGCUGUCACAACUGAGAGCCCAGAAGAUCAAGCCAGUAGCAACAAAAUCAUAAGAGCUGAGGAUGUGUCUAGAGGAAACACUGCACUUUCUGAAGCAGAAAGUAUUAUCAAUCCCGUGAACGAAAAUUCGCUGGUAGAUAAGAGAUUGCUGAAAAAACAUGCAUUAAGUACUUCUUGGAGCAGCUCCACAGAGCUGAAUCAAAAGGAAAGUGAUACGAGUGAAACAGGAGGAAAAAACAAAAUUCUGACAGAGGAGGUACAGGCGACAGAAACCAGUGGAGCACCUGAAGGGUCAACUGAGAUAGAAAGAGCGCUAUUGAACUCUGGUAGUAGCCAUAGCCAGGCUAUAGAAGAUACCCACUUGGGACACAAUUCCAAAGAGUUCAGUUUUUUUGAAAAGGCUCAAAAAGGUGACCAAAAGGAGGAAGCUAUGGGUAAGCACCUGACUUCAGACUGCAACUUUAAACCACCUGAAGACAAUUCACGUUCUCCUUGUUGUGGACCUGAAAGUCAAGUGACUGAAGAGAAAACAGCUGCCACAAAUGCCCUGGAGAGCAGGAGCAGCUUUCCCCUUGCAGCUCCACUGCAGUUAUACAGGGAAGAAGCCCUGUUGAGUUUUGCUUGCUUUAAUAUGGAGGCAGAAGACAAAAAUUCAGCUUUGCCAGGCUCUAAUGGGGCUGAAAAGGUUUGUUUAGCUGGUGAGCACAGUCCAGUGCUCCUGCACUCUGAGAUCAAUGAUAUUACAUACAGAGAGCAGGCUGGACCCUGGGAACUGGCUUCUGCUAAAGAAAUUAUGUUGGAGUCCCAAAGCCAAAGYGAGUGUCAAGAAAAGCCAGAGAGCUCUAGCAAGUUGGAAGAAAGUGCAGAAAUAUCCAAAACAAACCUUGAGCUUCAGGGCCUGAAUGAAUCUGCAGGGACUACGGGAUGCAUUGCUGUACAAGCUGAGGAGGCCACGCGGUUUGGGGACAACAACGAGCUGAAAGGCUGCUUACAUGAAAAGCCUUGUGGAGAUGCAGAGCAAGAGCCUGCAGCCAUACCUGAGCAAAGCACUGCUGGGAAUGGUGAGGAAAACAAGGGUAUCGUGCAGCAGGAGCACCAAAACGCAGGGAAAAGUCUUACAGAAGAAAAACUUCUGGCACUGAAAGCUGAAUGCGAAUCUGAUGUGUUGAUGCAAGCUCAGCAGGAGGGAACGGCUGCAGAAAGUCACAGCAAUUCACAGAUGGCUUGUUCAGAAACCUCAGAAAUUGUAGUAAAUCCUGCAGGGUUCRCUCCUUCACAAAUUUACCUGGAAGAAGCGGGUGGAAGCAGCGUCGGUGAAAAUAACUCCCCUUCUGAGGAAGACAAGCGUGGGUCUUGUGAGACCCUCGUAUGCAGCAUCMGGGAAUUGCAAGAAAAUGCAGAUGUUCCACCUGCCCUUCCACACAUCGAGCAACUGGAGAACUCUGUGUUUGMCACUGGGGAAAGUGGUUGGAUUUCAAAGGCAGGACUCGAACAGAAACCCCAAAGCAAUCUGGAACCUGUCACAGGAACAGCCCAUCAGGAGCACAAAGCAAAGGCUCCAAAACCUGAGCAGUUCCUGGGAUCAAAUGACAACAGCAACGUACCAGARAGGGCUCUCAGUAUUUCAAACAACCUUAAUGAAGAAUCUCCUGUGGGAGAUCCAGCGCUGUUCCAAUGCGAUGCCGACUCCCCAGAAAAACAGGGCAAAGAUGAAAGUAGGGAUAAAAUAUCAGUGGACACGUGCAGCAAUGAACACCUGCAAAAUGUUUCUGGUGUGGCCAUGCCAGACUUGCAAGAUGGCAACCAUCAAAACAAAACUGAUCUCAAGGCAGAAGAAAACUGCCUCCAUAAGCAAGGCUCAGACAAGCCCAAGCAGGAUAAUAACACUUUGAUCUCAGCUACUCCGCACGAAGAAGCAUGUCACAGUGAGAUAAUUUUUGAAGAAUCCACCAGGAAUGAACAGCCAGUCAGCACAUGCAGGACUGAAGGCAACGCUGAGGAAAGCGGUGCUGCUGCUGCAGACUCUCUUCCAGGGAYGCAGGACUCAGUAAGUGACACUUACAUAUCACAGGCUUUCCCAACCGAUCGUGAAGUACCACGGACUUACGAUAGUUCUGAGAAAAAUGACCCUCAAGCACCUAUUCCAGAAACUCGAGAGAAAAUACCAUUAAUGGCAAAAACUUUGGACACAGAGAAGAUAGAGGCUGUGACUGCUGAUGUGGGAAUCGUCCAGAAAGAUGAAAAUGUGAAGAUAAAUGGGGAGGAAAAUGCUUCUGCCACAGAACCAAGCAAUAUGAAAACGGGUACAAGCCCAGGAGCAGAAGAGUGUCCUUCGCCUUUACAGGCACCCGGGGAAGUAAUUCCCACCGAUAACUCACAUAAACCCAGCUGCAUUCAAGAGAAACCGGAGGAGCCUGAUUAUUGUCAAGCGGAUUUUACAGCUCUUUGUCCACUGACCUCUGCAUUCAAUCAUCCAAACCAGCARCCUGGAAGCAGCAAGGACACUGGUACUGCAGGGGAAUUACUAARUCAUGAGCUGGCACUAGGAGCAAGCCCAACCACCGUGCAAGGUGCCUCCGCUUUGCAGACUGCUUCAGGUCCCCAGGUGUCUGUGCACUUAGGUGCUUCAGCUGAGUUAAGCACCGGUAAAAUAAUAAAUUCAGAAAACAGCUCUGCAGGGAAUACGUAUGUGAACAUGAAAGACUUUCCAGACCAAAGUUUUCUGGCUGGAGGAGAGAAAAGUUUAACCCUGCCAGAAACUACAGGCRGCUUAUCACAGCUCAGUUUUGAGCAGCUGAAGGAAGAGGUAGCUGCAAUUAAAUCCAAAGAAAGAAAAAGUGAUGUCGGCUUCAAAGAGGAGCGAAGUGACRGUUCAUCAGAGCCUCUGUUAGCGCUCCCUCCUCCAGAGGAGAGGCUGCUGAGCCUUUCAUCUGUUGGUAAACAAGAAGGCUCUAAUGAGGAAGUCGCAGCCAAUAUCUGUCUAGAUGACAAGUGCAGUAACAUCUCGGAGAAACCUGGGAAUUCAGAUAAAAUGGAAGAUGUUUUAAAGGAGAAUAGCAUUUCUCUGCACUCUGCAGAGAACUUGGGAAGGGAGCAUGAGCUCUUGACUUGCAGCUCCCUGGGCAUCGGCUCUGGCCUCCCAGAUUUCAGGGAGCACAUCAGYCAGAUAUUUAAAAAAACUGUCCACAGCACAUUGAGUGCUGAAUUACCCCAUCUUUUACCUGAAAAUCAUGCAAGCCUCAAGCAGGAUCCAGUGGCCAAGGAUGUGGCAGAACUGUGUGGUAUGGAGAACAAUUUGCCAUCAAACAGGSUGGGCAAAGCAAUUUCAGAGAGCCCCUCAGAGCCACCUACAACCACGGAGACUUCCUGCGGACCUCCCCAGGAUAUAUUUCUACAUGAAAACACGAUGCCAGAGCUGCCACGAGCAAGUCCAGAGGAUACUGAGAAAAACAGGCAGCCAGGUAGCCCUUCAGAAAUGCUCCUCACCCUGGAUAGCUCUGCAACUGCUGAAUGUCCUUCGGAAGACCUGCAAAAUCUGGAGAAAAACGCAAAGCAUCUYGAGACUGUUGAGGUGGGAGAAAAGGAAGGCAUGGGUGCUAGUGAUGCUGAUCCUGAAUCACUAAUAAGCUUGGAGAUACAAAAGCAAGGAUCUGCUUCAUCUGAUGGGGCAGCACCUGAGAACUUUGCUGCGUAUCCUGCCAGUGAGCAGCAACCCGCCGUCACGAGCGUCUCUACAGGUGGUGUUCAGGAGAGGGACUUAGAGGCUGCUACCACGCAGGAAAAUCAUUUAAUUACGCAGCAUAAUGCAGAAACAGUUACAUGCGAAGAUGAUGUGAGUCUUCAUAGCGAACAGCGCCAGGAUCCCAAGCCUAAUGAGCAGGAGAGAAGUGGGCACAGUGAUCCAGGCACUGCCAAGAGCAUCUCGGACAUGGCAUCUCCCACACUUGCUCCAGGAGGAUUUUACAGUCAUGAGAAACCGCCAGAUAAUUUCAACGUGGUAUGUGAGGAAGAUCAGAAGACAAGUAUUCACAGCAGUCCUGUGCAUGAGAUUAAGUCUCCGAAUGACACGCAUACGAUACAAGAUGAUUCAGUAAAUAGGAAAUCCCUGGAAACAUCAGAAAAUGUACAGGAUUCACAGCAAGAAACCAAAGUUAYCAUGCAUGGGUUAAUAAAUUACUUGAAAUACGAAGUAAGCCGGGAUGAUUCCUUGCAAACUGACUCAAAACUGGAAUCUAGCAGUAUGACUGAGGGAGACGUGAAAGAAAAGAGCRACGCGGUGUUAAGCACAACAGAGGCAGGUAACAAAAAUCCCGAAGACAUCCCUAAAACAGGUCCUGCAGGGAUGUUGGUCGCUGGCGAAGGCGACUUAGCUUUAAACACGGGCACUGGAGAACAAGAGAUGGACCCACACAAAGGUGACUCUCAGAGCGUCCCUGUGGUGGAGCAGGGAGAGGGUUCUGCACGUGCGGAUUUGGCUGUUGUUCCUGAGGAUCAGCCGAGCAAGACGAAUUCCGAACGAGAGCGCUCGCCUCGGGAUGACAAAAAAAAGCCACCGGCGCCUGCAUUUCCCGAGUCCGAGGAACGUGACCUCCAUGAACCUCGAGACGUGGCCGUGGCAGGAUUACCAACUGAAAGCCCUCCUGGGCCAGGUGAUGAUACACAGUUGGCUUCUCCUAUUGAUACUCCCGAGCAACUGUUGGCUGUUUCUGCACCUUGUGGAAAUGUGGACACCCAGGAUGCCGCUGAGCUGACUGCACCAAGCUGCAAAGAACCCGGCAGCCUCCUUGCAGUUGUGCCUGAGGAUGCAGCUUUCCCUGCUGCCCCUGCUGACGCUGUAGGACCAGCUCGUGAAGAACCCGAAGGAUUCGCGGAGGAAGCAAAGAGGAGCUCCGACUCCGAAGAAGCUUUUGAGACCCCAGAGUCCACUACACCAGUAAAGGCUCCACCUUCACCCCCACAAGCAGCUCCCGAGGCGGCGGCAGCAGCGGUGGUAGCCGACACAGCCGAGCAAGAAAUAAAACCCCAGCUGCCCUUGGAGGACACAGGACUGUGUUCGGAUGCCGUGUCCAUAACUGAUGUGCCACACAGUGAAUCGGCCGAAGAAAGCCCUUUUCGUCCCCCCUCCCAUUCCUUUUCCACUGUCUUUGAUGAGGACAAACCAAUAGCCAGCAGUGGAACUUACAACUUGGACUUUGACAACAUUGAGUUGGUCGAUUCUUUCCAUGCCUUAGGACCGAGCUCUCCRGAAACUAAGAACCGUGACCCCAAAUCGAAUGUACGAAGAAAGUCUACUGAUUCAGUCCCGGUUUCCAGAUCUACGCUAUCUCGGUCUCUUAGCUUGCAAGCUAGUGAUUUUGAUGGGGUGUCUUACCUUGGCAAUAACGAGACGCUAACACCAGCAGCAGAUGCGUACAGCACUGGUUCAAGCAGUGCCUCGAGUACCCUUAAGAGGACAAAGAAAUCCAGGCCAGCUUCCGUGAAAAAGAAGCCGUCGGCUAAAAAGCCUCUAGAAGCUCCACCGGUGAAGGAAGCACCACAAGACCUGUCUGAUCUGAGCCAAGCAGACUCUGCCCCAGGUGUGGAGAAAGCAGCAUUGGAAACCAAGGUUGACUCAGAAAAACCUGAAUGUACCGAACCUCCUAAAAUCUCUGCUGAGAAUCAGGAGGCCCCAGCUGUGCCUGAAGGAUCCCAGCCCUCGGAUCCAGACAGUUUGGAAGGGACUGGUGCGUUUAGCACCGGAGGUGGCAAAGUACAAAACUCCCCCCCUGCCACUAAGAAAACGCUGCCUCUUACAACGGCGCCCGAGGCAGGGGAGGUCACUCCGCCUGACACUGGAGGAGGACAAGAGGACCCUCCAGUCAAGGGGCAGGCRGUGAGGCUCGAAUUUGAUUAUUCCGAAGAAAAGAGCGCCGGGGAAGACCAGCAAGAGAGCACUCCUCCUCCCAAAAAAGUAGGGAAAAAGCCUGGUGCCAAAAUGCCGCUACGGAGGCCAAAGACUAAAAAGCCGGUGGAGAAACUUGACAAUGCUCCGACUACGCUGACCCAGUCGCCCCCUGAUCCAAACGACAUCCCGAUCACAAAAGGCUCCUACACUUUUGAUAUUGACAAGUGGGAUGAUCCCAAUUUUAACCCCUUCUCUUCUAGUACAAAAAUGCAAGAAUCUCCCAAACUGCCUCAACAGACCUACAGUUUUGAGCCAGACAUGUGUGAGGACUCUAUUGACCCUUUUAAGUCUUCUUCUAAGAUAGCCAGCUCACCUUCUAAAUCUCCAGCCUCUUUCGAGAUACCUGCCAGUGCCAAUGAAACAAAUGGAACCGAAGGAGAAAACUUAAAUAAACCUGCAAAAAAGAAGAAGACGCCGCUAAAGACGAUGGUAGAAGAUGUGAUGUCUGUAUGUUCUCUGUUUGAUACAUUUAGGGUGAAAAAAUCACCAAAAAGAUCCCCAUUAUCUGAUCCUCCUUCUCAGGAUCCCACUCCACUGCCAACUCCAGAAACGCCUCCCGUCAUAUCCGCGGUGGUUCACGCGACGGAUGAGGAGAAACUGGCAUCUUCAGUGACCGGCCAGAAAUGGACCUGCAUGACUGUGGACCUGAACGCGGAUAAACAGGAUUACCCGCAACCCUCAGACCUGUCCACGUUCGUUAACGAGACUAAAUUCAACUCUCCCACAGAGGAAUUGGAAUAUGGCAACUCAUAUGAAAUAGAAUAUAUGGAGAAAAUAGGCUCCUCUGUGCCUCAGGAUGACAACACAGCUAAGAAACAAUCUUUAUACUUGAUGUUUGACGCGCAGCAAGAGAGCCCAGUCAAGUCACCUCCCGUCAGACUGUCGGAGUCCACGACGCCGUGCUCGGGGUCAAGUUUUGAAGACCCUGAGACCCAGCAAUCCUCUGGGAUGAAAAUACAGCAUCCAGCCUCCCGAGUGCUCGCUGCCAGCCAGGAGGCACACUUACAGUCCCCUGACAAAUCAAAGCAGAAAGACCUCGAGCCCAUGACUCUAGGAACAGUUUCAGAGAGCAUUGAAAUAACAUCCCCUGAGGACUCCUUUGUCUCUGCGGACGCUCUGCUCAAUAGGAUAUCUAAGAAAACGGCAAUAUGUGAUCAGCCUGAAUAUCUAGAUCCUGACUUAGCAGAAAAGAACCCCCCCGUAUUUGCUCAGAAACUUCAGAGAGAGCCUGCCAUCCCAGCAGAUGUUUCCAUCUCUAAAAGUGCUCUGUACUCCCGGAUCGGCACCUCGGAGGUGGAAAGCUCCCCAAGUCUUCUCUACCCCCAGCAAGACUUGGACUCYGCACUGCGACUCGCCAGAGCAGAGAUUGUGACCAAGGAAAGAGAAGUAGCUGAGUGGAAAGAGAAAUAYGAAGAAAGCAGAAGGGAAGUGAUGGAAAUGAGGAAAAUAGUUUCGGAAUAUGAGAAGACGAUUGCUCAGAUGAUAGGCAAGCCUGAGGAUGAGCAGAGGGAGAAGUCCGUGUCCCAUCACACUGUUCAACAGCUGAUUGUGGAGAAGGAACAAGCUUUAGCAGAUCUGAACUCAGUGGAGAAAUCCCUGGCAGAUCUUUUCAGGAGAUACGAAAAAAUGAAAGAAGUGCUGGAGGGGUUUCGGAAGAAUGAAGAAGUGUUAAAGAAAUGUGCACAGGAGUAUUUAUCACGAGUAAAGAAAGAAGAACAGAGGUACCAAGCUCUCAAAAUUCACGCUGAAGAAAAACUGGACAGAGCCAACGCCGAAAUUGCACAGGUGAGAGGCAAGGCUCAGCAGGAGCAGGCUGCCUACCAGGCCAGCCUUCGCAAGGAGCAGCUCAAGGUGGAUGCAUUGGAAAGGACACUGGAACAAAAGAACAAAGAGAUUGAAGAAUUAACAAAGAUUUGUGAUGAACUGAUUGCCAAAAUGGGGAAAAGCUAACUUUUAACCAAAUUUCUGGACUUCGAUAUUGAGUGCAAUAUGACCAUUGGCACACUGAUGUCCAUACAUUUAUGUGGACAGGUUAUAUUUUCACUUUUUCGUAUGCACUACUGUAUUUUCUUUCUAAAUAAAGUUGAUUUAAUUGUAUGCAGUACUAAGAUGACUAUCAAAAUUUCUUGCUAUUGUUUGCAUUUUCAYAGUAUAAUUCAUAGCAAGUUGAUCUCAAAAUUCCUGUAUCAGGGAGAUUGUCAAGUUCUCUAAUAAAUUACRAAUUGCUGAUCCUAGCCUUCCCUUUGUACAUGAGUUCCCAUGUUGGAUGUCUUUUGGAUUUAAUAUAAACAUGUAUUACUUGCAUGGGGACUCUUGCCUUAAGGAGUGUAAACUUUAUCUGCAUUUGCCGAUUUGUAAAAUAAAACUAAAAAUGAAAAAAGUAA